AUGGUCUCUACGUAUGGACAACGUCAACGCGCUAAGUACCAGUUUCUCAUGGGCAUUAACGGCGUUUUGUUGGCCUUUGCGAUUUUUAUUAUCGUGGCAAUGUCGAUCUACUGGGGCUUCUUCGAAGAGUGGACUAUUUGGACAGAUUACACAAUGGCCUGGGUCGAAUUUAACUUUUUCAUUUACUAUUGGGAUCGUCUGACAAUUACCCGUGUCUAUCUCUCACUGAUCUAUAUCUAUGGUUUUGUUCUACUUGCCAUCAUUGCAUGUCAAAUCCAUGGUUAUCGCCAUCGGAAUAUAUUCUUGAUGGAAUAUACUCCAUAUGCAUUGUUUGGUCUAGGUAUAAUUACCAUUCUUGGUGGUUUGGCUUGGUUCGCCGUGACGAUGAUUAAUAUGAAUGCUGGAUUUUUAACAAAAGAAACGUUUCUACUUGAGAGGCUUCGUUUCAAAGGUAACGCUUUCAAAGAGUUGAAGUAUCGUGAAGAAUCAUUUCAUCUGGUCACUUCGGGUCGCGUACCACCACGAGUUUUUAUCUUAACUGCUUUUGUCAAUCAACGUCAACGAGAUUUUCACUGUUGCGGUUGGAAUUCGUACCUUGAUUAUGGUGCCUCGCACAAGACCGAUCUACCUGAUACGUGCUGUCAUAAAUAUAAAAUCAACUAUGGCUGCGGAAAGAAUAUGUUGAUCAAUCCCGAUCCGAACAUUGUCAACACUCGCGGCUGCGGUCCAUUGAUGAAAUAUUGGUAUCGCCGUGGUUUCUGGGAGAAUAUUUUUAUGAGCUUAUUUGGUGUUGUCAUGGGUGCUUACAUGUUAUUCGUAUUCCAACGUAAUCGGAGAGAAUUUGUUCAACUACGCGAUGAAGCUGACGAUCGUAAACGUAUCAUACGUACACAUUCCAUGGGUUCUGUUCGUUCCACGACUAACAACAAUAAUUCCUCGAAAUCGAACAUGCCACGUUACCAAUACACAAGCAUGAAGAGUUCGCCAACGAAUGGAACAACUGCUGAAUACGAUUCGGAUAAUAACAGUGGAAGUGUUCUCUAUCAAGCCCGUCCAACGAUCGAUCAAAACGCUUAA